AUGGCGUCAGAAAUCCCCACCCUAGCGGUGCAUUCCAACACGGAAGAACCUACAUACGAGUCUAAGAAGUCCGGCGUCGUUAGCCAGGAUGCAGAGACUGAUGAAGAGUCUACGGCCAAUCGCCACAACCCCGUCGGAUCGCGAUUGGGCUCGCUGAUCAGAUCCUUCGAGCACCAGCUCGUCGAGUAUAACCUGGAAGCACGAGGUAUUGAGCGUGUUGCGGCGCAUGAGCGCAUGAAGCGCAACUCGUGGGUUUCAUAUUUGCAGGCAUUCCUGCUCUGGGUGUCGAUCAACCUUGCGCCCAAUAACAUUACACUCGGGAUGCUGGGUCCUGCUGUGUAUGGUCUCAAUUUCCGAGACUCGGCGCUCUGUGCUGUGUUUGGGGCUCUUAUCGGUUCCGUGGUCUCCUCUUGGAUGGCGACAUGGGGACCAGUGUCAGGCAUUCGGACUAUGGCUUUUGGACGGUACUCAAUGGGCUGGUGGCCCAGCAAGAUCAUUGUCUUGCUUAAUUUGGUUCAGAUGAUUGGGUAUUGUUUGAUUGAUUGCGUCGUUGGUGGUCAGAUCUUGUCUGCCGUGUCCCCAGGGGGCAUGUCGGUGGCUGUCGGCAUUGUUAUCAUUGCUGUCAUCAGUUGGGCCGUGGCGACGUUUGGAAUCCAAGUCUUCCAUUUCUAUGAAAGAUUUGCAUUUGUGCCCCAAGUCAUCGUAGUCUGCAUCCUUUUCGGAGUCGCAUCCACGAAAUUCGACUUGUCGACUCCACCCACACAAGAGGAUUCCCGGACCAUGAUAGGCAACAGGCUAUCAUUUUUCUCCAUCUGCCUAAGUGCCGCAAUCACCUACGGUCCCCUAGCAGCCGACUUCUUCGUCUACUACCCUGAAAACACCUCACGCCUGAAAAUCUUCAGCCUUACCUUAGGAGGCCUUCUCUUCUCCUUCACAAUGGCCCUAGUCUGCGGUAUCGGCCUCGCAACCGGCAUCAACACCCACCCAGAAUAUGCAACGGCCUACAACAAAGGCCAAGGCGCCCUAAUCGUCGAAGGAUUCGGUCCCCUCCACGGCUUCGGCAAGUUCUGCUCCGUAAUCUGCGCCCUCGGCCUGAUCGCCAACACUGUGGCACCCACCUACUCCGCCGGCAUCGAUUUCCAGAUCCUUGGCCGCUAUGCCGAGAUGGUUCCCCGCGUGAUCUGGAACACCAUCGCUGUCAUCAUCUAUGUUGUCUGCGCUCUUGUUGGCCGUAGCCACCUCUCUGAGAUCUUUACCAAUUUCCUGGCUUUGAUGGGGUACUGGGUUGCGAUUUGGAUUGCUAUUAUCCUCGAAGAGCGCUUUAUCUUCCGCCUUCGAACGGGUUAUAACUGGGCUGUUUGGCGGGAUCCGUCUAAGCUGCCUAUCGGUGUGGCUGCUUUCAUUGCUUUCGUUGUUGGUUGGGUUGGGGCUGUCUUGUGUAUGGCUCAAGUCUGGUAUAUUGGGCCCAUUGCCAAGUUGGUGGGCGAGUACGGUGCUGAUAUGGGAACCUAUGUUGGCUUCUCUUGGGCUGCCCUUGUCUACCCGCCUCUGCGGUACAUCGAACUCCACUUCGUGGGUCGUUGA